AUGGAAGCCGAGGACUACGCGGCCGGGUGCUGCUUCUCCCUCAUGUGCCAAGAGGACGGCGCCGACCUCGGCGACGGCCUCGCCGACGACGACGCCGGCAAGCUGCUGCUGGUGUACAGUGCCGGCGACGAUAACGGCGGCGAGGAGGAAGACGAGGAGGGGUACUUGGACCACCUGGUGUCCAAGGAGAGCAGCUUCUGCUCCGUCGAUCCGUCGUCUUCCAUGGCGUCCGAGGACUGGUUCCAGUGCGCGCGGCGCGACACCGUCCGGUGGAUCCUUGAGACGCGCGGGCACUUCGGGUUCUCCCACCGCACGGCGUACGUGGCGAUUGCCUACUUCGACCGCUUCUCCCUCCGGCGAUGCGUCGACAGGUCGGUGAUGCCGUGGGCGGCGCGGCUGUUGGCCAUCGCGUGCGUGUCGCUGGCGGCGAAGAUGGAUGAGUGCCAGGCGCCGGCGCUGUCGGAGUUCCGCGCCGACGACGACUACGAUUUCAGCUGCGACUCCAUCCGCCGCAUGGAGAUGCUCGUGCUCUCCACGCUCGACUGGCGGAUGGGCGCGGUCACGCCCUUCGACUAUCUCCCCUGCCUCUCCUCCAGGCUCCGGCGAUUCAACGGCGGCGGCCGCGGAGGUGGCGGCGGCCUCAUCGCCGUCAAGGCCGCCGCCCUCAUCUUCUCCGCCGCCGAAGGUUGGUUACUUGACAACCACAUCGAUCCAUGGACCGUGCUCUGCUUGUAUCAACUGACCGUGCUCUGUUCUUGCAGUGGCGAGCGUGCUCGACCACCGGCCGUCCACCGUGGCCGCCGUCGCCGUCUUGGCGGCCACCCACGGCACGCUCACGAGGGAGCCACUGGAAUCCAAGAUCAGCAGCCUCUCCCCGACCUGCCUCCUCGAGAAGGAGGAUGUAUAUGCCUGCUACACCAUGAUGCUGCGCGAUCCGUCGUCGCCGAGCAAGGCGGCCAAGAGAUCGGCGUCCGACCGGGGCGACGCCGACAGUACAUACGCGCGCCUGGACGCCGCCUCCUUCUCCGUCGCGGCGGCGAUGAGCAACAACAAGAGGGUGAGGCUGGAGCUGCCGGCCGUCCACCGGUGAUCCAAGCCCGCGCUUGUUUUUCCCUAGGUGUCCAGCCGCGCGGCCGGAGCUUCAUCCAUUAG